CAAAGAUCCUUCCUUUCCCUUUUCUUCCCUUUCGGUCAUACUUUAUUAUAUCUGUUUUACUCUUUUAUACGGAAUGGCACUCGGUUUCUCUUCAAAAGGAAAUGAGAAUAUAAUUGAUGCUCUUGAUAUUAACCCAAGAAUUAUAACAUGUGCGAAAAGAGUUGGUUUUGUGUCUGCAUGGCAGUUUCUCCGUUCCUCAGAAGGGGAACUACAAAAGAAGAUGGGACUUUCUGCAGCUGACGUAGAUCAAUUGCUGAAUGCAGUGACUUCCCAUCUCCUCUCUAAGUUUGUGACCGCCUGGGAGAUGUCACAGGAGCAGAAACAGGAUGCAGAGCUCACCCACAUCACAACAGGAUGCCAGGAACUAGACGAGGUCCUUGGAGGAGGAGUCCCCGUGCGAGGAAUCACCGAGGUGGCAGGGGAGAGCAGCAGCGGGAAGACGCAGCUUGCUCUCCAGCUUGCUCUCCAUGCCCAGCUCCCUCCUCACCUGGGAGGUCUGGGGAAAGGUGUUGCUUAUAUAUGCACUGAGUCACAGUUUCCAGUGGUUCGUCUUCAGCAGCUCAUAGAGACUAUGGUCAGGAGGUAUCCACAAGGGCCAAAGACAUACACUGACAGGAUUUUAAUUCAUCAUAUUCCUGAUAUGGACACUCUAGUUGACUGUGUGAGGUACCAGCUUCCCCGCCUGAUCGCUCAGCGCCAAAUAGGGCUCGUAAUAAUUGAUUCCAUUGCGGCAGCCUUUAGAGCGGAGGAUGGGACUGAAGUUAAUAAGACAGUUCCUCUGCAGACUCUGGGAUACAGAUUGCACCAGCUUGCCUUUUAUCAUAAAACAGCAGUGGUGGCCAUCAACCAGGUAGCAGCCACUGUUCAGUCCAGAAACUUAUAUGACAUCACAGGAGACAUUACUCCAGCACUAGGGCUGUCAUGGUCAAACCUCAUAACCACAAGGCUGUUGUUAAGACGUACAAACCUCACCGUCAAGGCCCAACAGGCAAUGCCACCUCAUCCAAAAAUGCACAGUUCCACAGACGCGAAAUCAGAAACCAGAAGGAAUACUGCAGUGGAGUAUAGACUACGGAAAUUGGAAGUUGUUUUCUGCCCGUGGCUCGAACGCAAGAUGGCAACCUUCAUGGUGACCGAAAAGGGGGUUGAGUGUGAAAGUGAGACUGCAAGCAGGCUGUAGCCUACUGAUAUUGAACUUUUAUUUUUUACAUACUGAUAUACUUUUAUUUUAUGCUGUGAACGCAGUCAUACAUUAUUUUUUACAAACAGUAUGUCAUUUCGGUAAUAUAUUAGCAGAUGUAAAUAGAGAGGUUUUAGAAAAAAACAAAUAUAUAUUUUAUAAUCUUUAAUUUCUUAU